UUUGAAGAUGGAUGAAGGUGUAGAAAUUUCAAGUGAUGGAAAUUCCCUGAUAAAAGCAGUCCACCUGAGCCGGCUUCGCCUCACAAGACUCUUGCUAGAAGGUGGCGCCUACAUCAAUGAGAGCAAUGACCGAGGGGAAACACCUUUAAUGAUCGCCUGUAAGACCAAACAUGUGGACCACCAGAGUGUCAGUAAAGCCAAAAUGGUUAAAUACCUGUUAGAAAACAAUGCUGAUCCCAACAUACAGGACAAAUCUGGGAAAACCGCUUUGAUGCAUGCUUGCUUAGAGAAAGCUGGCCCUGAAGUUGUUUCCUUGCUUCUACAAAGUGGGGCCGAUCUCAGCUUGCAAGACCAUUCUGGUUACUCAGCCCUUGUUUAUGCUCUAAAUUCAGAAGAUAAAGAGACCCUGAAAGUUCUACUUAGUGCUUGCAAGGCUAAAGGAAAAGAAGUCAUUAUCAUAACUACAGCGAAAUCGCCCUCUGGGAGGCACACUACCCAACAGUACUUAAAUAUGCCUCCUUCGGAUAUAGAUGGCUGUCAUUCCCAAGCCACCUGUGCCACUCCUUCAGAAAUAGACAUAAAAACAGUCUCGAUGCCACUUUCACAUUCUUCUGAAACUGAAAUGAGAGUUUUUGGCUUUAACGAUCUGGAGGUCUCCGGAAGCCGCGAUGAUACCCGGGACCUGGGCUCCCCUGUGAGGAAGCCUGCUGUGGCCCUAAAUGGGUCCAAGCCACCCUGGGUCAAGAGUGCCCCCCCAUUAAUGAACAGGGUGGCCUCUUUGCAAGAGGAGCUCCAGGAUAUUACCCCAGAGGAGGAAUUAUCCUACAAAACCAACGGGCUGGCACUUUCCAAGCGAUUCAUCACGAGGCACCAAAGUAUUGACAUAAAAGACACAGCACAUUUGCUAAGAGCCUUUGAUCAGGCCAGCUCAAGAAAGACGUCAUAUGAUGAAAUGAAUUACCGAUCAUGUUUUUCAGAAGGAAACCAGCAAUGCAUUGAAAUCCCUAUUGACCAGGACCCAGACUCUAACCAGACAAUAUUUGCUUCCACCUUAAGAAGUAUAGUUCAAAAAAGAAACUCAGGGGCAAACCACUACAGCUCCGAUUCCCAGCUCUCAGCUGGUCUAAUCCCUACAACUUCAGAAGAUGGCAAAGCACUUACAGGGAAGAAAAAGAUCCUCUCACCAACUCCUUCCUUGUUGUCAGGGUCCAAAGACUUGUUGGAGAACAUUCCCCCAGGUUCCCUGAGCAGGAGGAACCAUGCAGUGUUAGAAAGGCGUGGGUCAGGAGCCUUCCCUUUAGAUCACAGUUUUCCCCAAACCAGACCAGGCUUUCUGCCACCCUUAAAUAUGAAUCCUCACCCUCCCAUCACAGAUAUCAAUGUCACCAAGAUUCCCAGCCUUCUUUCUUGCGGUCAAAAAGUGCUUAUGCCAACAGUUCCUAUUUUCCCUAAAAGUAAAAAAAUGUUAAGGAGACAGUCAUUGCAAACAGAACAAAUUAAGCAGUUAGUAAAUUUUUAA